CAAUUUAACAAAUUUUCUAAUUUUUCAAAAAUAUUGCAUUGAGCAAUAUUUUUUGAAUCCCUGUGUAUACAAUCCAAUCCUGACCUCGGGAAUGACAACUGUUAUCACAUAACCUUACUUUUCAUGUAAAUAUUGCGUUUUUUUUCAAGUGUUUUUCAUUAUUACGUGCGUAAUUAUGGCAAGCACUACGCAAGGCCUUUCAGUUUCGCAAAUUUUAAAAUCGAAAAGUGAAAUUGAAGAUGAGCCUAAGAAAAAAUCAAGGGAAGACUGGAGGAAGGCCAAAGAACUCGAAGAAGCCAGAAAAGCUGGUACAGCCCCUGCGGCUGUGGAUGAAGAAGGAAAAGACAUAAACCCCCACAUUCCCCAAUACAUUGCAACAGCUCCUUGGUACUAUGGGACGUCUGGACCUACUCUCAAGCAUCAGAGGCCCCAAGAUGACAAACAAGAUGAUUUUUCCAAAUUGGAUGAGUGGUACAAGCGAGGUGUUGAUACGUCUAAAGUUGUGACUAAAUAUCGCAAAGGGGCUUGCGAAAACUGCGGCGCGAUGACACACAAGCGCAAAGACUGCAUGGAACGUCCACGCAAAGUGGCCGCCAAGUUCUCGGGGGCUAAAAUAGCAGCGGAUGAGUUUAUCCAAAAGAAAUUAAAUCUGAGUUAUGACGGGAAACGGGACAGGUGGAGUGGUUACGACCCCUCAGAGCACAAAGCCGUAAUCGAGGAGUUCCAAAAGGUCGAAGAAGCGAAACGUCAGUUAAAAGCCGACAAGCUCAACGCGAAUAACGAAAGCGAUGAGGAACUAGAUGAGGACAAAUACGUGGACGAGGUUGACAUGCCGGGGACGAAAGUUGACAGCAAACAACGAAUCACAGUCAGGAAUUUGCGAAUUCGGGAAGACACGGCGAAAUAUUUGCGAAAUUUAGACCCAAAUUCGGCUUAUUAUGACCCGAAAACGCGGUCAAUGAGGGAGAAUCCGAAUCCGAAUAAAGAUGAUAAUUACGCAGGGGAGAAUUUUGUCAAAUUCACAGGGGAUACGACAAAACAUGCCUCGGCGCAAUUGUUUGCCUGGGAGGCGUAUGAGAAAGGAGUUGAUGUUCAUUUGUUGGCAGAACCGACGAAGUUGGAGUUGUUGCAGAAAGAGUAUGAGAAAAAGAAAGAACAGUUCAAGUCAAAGGUCCAAGGGAGUAUUUUGGAAAAGUAUGGAGGAGAGGAGCACUUGGAGGCGCCCCCGAAAUCGCUACUUUUGGCACAAACUGAAGAUUACGUCGAAUACUCAAGAUCCGGCAAGAUAAUAAAAGGACAAGAAAAAGUAGUUAUCAAAUCUAAAUAUGAGGAAGAUGUUUAUAUUAAUAAUCACACUUCGGUUUGGGGGUCGUUCUGGCGAGGAGGACAAUGGGGUUACAAGUGUUGCCACUCAUUUGUUAAAAAUUCGUAUUGUUUGGGAGAAGCUGGCCGUAACUUGGAAACCAAACCACCAGAAGUUGUACCUGAAGCAAAGGAAGAAGAAGAAUCAAAUGAGAGUUCAUCCGAAUCAAGUUCUGAUACAGACGCGAAACACAAGUCCGAGAAAAACAAGAAAAAGAAAAAUAAGAGAAAGAAAAAUAAAGAAAAGAAAAAAUUGAAACAAAAAGAAGAAAAAGACAAGUUGAAAGACGCACUCAAAGCUGAAGAGGAACAUCAAAAGAGAGCCGAGAGUUUAUUAUCAAUGGAUGAGAGGAAGCGGCCUUAUAAUAGCAUGUUUGAAGUGAAAAAACCUUCAGAGGAGGAGAUUGAAGCUUACUAUUUGAAGAGGAGGCGAGAGGAAGACCCAAUGAAUCAAUUUAUAGAAUAACAAGAAUAUAUUUUAAGUUGUAAUAUAGAAAUGAAAUUAAAAAAUUAACGUCGA